GCAGAUGAUGGUCUUAUAGGUUAGAAAUUCCAAUGGUAGAGGAAGACACAAUUUGAAGGUAAAUAACGUGUUCGGAGACACGUGCAGAGAUUUCGUUAUAAAAGUCGGAAAUAUUCGCGUAAAAUGGAGGAAGUGAAAAUGGAAGUUGACGAAAGUAUAGUGAAAGAAGAAAACGUCGAUGCUCCCGAGGGGUUGAGCUACGAGGAAAAGCUGCAGCUUGUGAAUGCUAUUGCCAAACCUAUGGCGCCUAAAAAGUUAACCAAAAAGAUCUAUAAAUGUAUAAAGAAGGCAUCCAAGCACAAGACGUACCUGCGCAAUGGCUUAAAGGAUGUUCAGAAACAUCUUCGUAAGGGUGAAACAGGUUUGGUUGUCUUUGCGGGAGAUGUAUAUCCCAUUGAAAUUAUGUGUCACUUGCCAGUUGUAUGCGAGGACAAAAGUAUUCCUUAUUGCUUUACUCCCUCAAGAUUGGAUAUUGGUACUGCAAUGGGUGUAAAGCGUGGCAGUCUUAUGGUGCUCGUAAAAGAACAUCAAGAUUAUAAAGAUCUGUACGAUGAAAUUAAAAGUGCAAUGAUAACACUUUCCACACCUCUAUAGCUUUUACAUUUAGUUUAUAUAUCUUGUAUAUAAUAAAUAUUUUAAUUUUAUUAA